UAGAGAAGAAGAGAGAAAAUUGGUAAAGCAUAUCAGCGGUGCAAAGCCGUAGUAAACAAUUAGUCAAAGGGAGUUCAAUUAGGUCAUCCGAGCAAUGGCAGCUACAGGAGGAUCCAUCCAUCUCGCAAGGGAGGCGCGCCGACGUCGUAUCAUGGAGCGAGGAUCUGACCGCCUCGCCCUAAUCUCCGGCCGCAUCCACUCCCUGCCGCCAGACCCCGACCAAUUCAUUUCUUCCCCUGCCGCCGUUGAUUCUACUCAACAAGAAGAGGCAGCCUCUAAUUCAUUGCUACCAAAUGAUGAAUCUGUACAAGAAAAAGGGCAGGAGCCUGCUCGCUCUGACCGCACGGUGGAGCCUCCUCCACUCAACAGCUAUAAUGGCAGCACCAUUCCAUCCGAAUCAGUGGCCUUACAUGAUAGUACCAACGAAGAACCAUCUCAAAUCCCGUCAUCCGCACAACAAAGACCUGUACAAGAUCGCCAACGUGAGCAUACCCUGUUUACACCCGACCAAAUUAGAUUGGCUGUUGCAGCUUCAGAGAAUACUCGUAUGUUUUGCUCUAUAGCAGCUGCUGUUUUAGUAAUUGCGUCAUUUGUGGGAGUUCCUAUAGUUGGCCUCCGAUGCAUCAUGCUUUUCAGACCCUUUUACCUGCUUUUGUUAACGAACAUAACCAUUGUACUCGGUCGUCUUAUUGCGGGAUCGAGACCGAGAAGGAGGAGUAAUGCUGGUAGGAAUGAUUUGGCUGAUCAACUGGGGAGAGCUCUGGAGUUGGGGCUGCUAAUGAAGAAGAUUGUUGGAGCAGUGUCUAUGGACUUCAGUAUUUAUGCAGUCGUGCUCGUUUUUGGUCUCUCAGUAGUACAAAUACUUGGGUGACGUAAUUAUGCUCGAUAAAACUGUAACAUCAAAUUCUUUUGCUAAUUGUAUUUUCUUCA